AUGCUGUACGAUGAUCCUACCGCCCUAUUAGAUGAUGAUGCUGUUGAUGACAUCACCUACAACAAUGAGACACGACGACAACAAGCCUUUGACGAAGGCAGGAAUUGGUUGUACAAGAAUCCCCAUUUCUCUUUAAUCCACGUGGAGAAGCACAACGAUGAUGACACAGUUACCAUGACAAUGGUGGAUGUUACCACAGCAGAUGCAAGAUGUCGACAACAACUACAAGAACAAGGUUACUAUUGCCUGUCUCACUUAUGGGGACGCGACGCGAAGAAUUACACGUGGGACGAUAGCGGCGUUCUGACAAAAAAGGGAAAUGCCGAUGAUGAUGAUGGUGGCGCUGUAUUGGCACCUGCUGUACCUAUGCGUAUUGAGAAACGAGCCACUUUACUUGCUCUACUAGAACAACAUCCAGGGUUUUGGUGGAUUGAUGUGUUUUGUGCACGUGUCGAUACCCCUCUCAGGAUCAUGGGUAGCAUCUACAAAUAUUGCACUGCAUGCUUUGCCAUGAUGGAUUGCUCAUUUCAAACGCUCAAGCAACUGGAUCAAGGUUUGCCUUCGCUUAUGCAAGAGGUGUCUUUACAUUUUCCUGAAAAGAAACGACCUUCACAUCGAUUGCCUAUCUUCAUUGGUUAUGUGGAUGACGAUGAAAAAGAAGAGAUGGAUGAGGAUAAAGCUUUAUUAUUUAAAACAACCCUUGACAAGUAUCCCACCGAGGUACAAGCAUUGCUGGAUCUCACACAAAGUACAUGGUUUACGCGUGUAUGGACAUUGCAAGAAGCUGUGUUACCUCGACAAUUAUUCAUGGUGCCUGAAACAACACAAUCAUCAACAAGCAAUCUUGAUACUGAUACACUCGACUUUUCUCUGGUUCAGAAAGUCUCUGAAAGAUUGACCACUGUGGGCAACGCCAUCAUGAAAGGAGGAGCAUCAAAGGCGAUAUUGAGUGAUCAGCAUACACAUCUUAUUCAACAACUGGAGACGCAUGUACAAGAAAUCAGCGUGGCCCAAGAAACAUACAAGCAAGCGGAUGCCUUGGAUGAACAUGAUCGACUUCCUUGUUUGCAGAGUACAUUGCACAAAUUUGCAGAGUCAACAAGAACAUGCACAGACCCAGUAGAUUUUGUUUAUGGCGUCAUAGGAUUACUCGAUAUUGGUCUUCCCCGUAUGAAUAGUGCAAGUGAUGUAUGGUAUGCUUUCCAGCGCAAGUUUAAGGAUAUGCGUGUCAAGCAGCUGGAUUUGCACUACUAUUCCGUUUGUAAAUCAGCACCCUUUGAUCUAUCACAAGCUAGUACUAUGAAAACAGUCUACUCGUCAUUUAUUAGAGAAAUGAAUUUGUAA